UGUGGCCGAGCAAAAUAUACCUUUGUGCAACGCAAUAACAAAGCUGGUGCAUGGGCUACAAUGAAAACAGAAAUUCAUAUAGAUACAGGGUAUGAAUGUCAUGAAUGCUAUGCUAUAGAACUAACGGUGCAGUGUGUCACUUUUGCGUAAAUUUAUACGACGUCAAACCGGCCGGCGGGAGAAGGUUGAUAUACGGAUAGACGGUGAAGACACAACACUAAGUCAUGGCGGCAACCAACAGCUGUGCGAUGGGCGACUUGACUUCGGAGGAACUUUUCGAAGAUAUCGGCAAGAGUGCCGCCGCCAUUACCGCCAUUGUUCUACUGACGGCCACGUCCAUUCUAACCCUGGCGAUGUUUAUAGAAUCAGUCUUCAGCGCGAACAAGAAGAUCCCGAACAGCAGACGCAGGGUCCGGCUCAUCAUAAUGAUGGGAAUCUACCCGACGAUGUCCGUUACUUCAAUGAUAUCCCUGUACGUUCCAGCGGCACAUCUCCUGAACACUCUGGUUGCGUCUGUGUAUUUCUCGGUGGCGCUGUUUCAGUUCCUCAUGCUCAUCAUCGACUACUACGGAGGCAAGGCGGCCGUGGUUGAAAAGCUUAAGGACCAGCGCAUCUCGCUGGCCAGCCCGCCUCUCACCUGCUGCUGCCCGUGCUGGAUGCCCAAAAUCACCAUGACACCAUCCAAUCUACGUAACCUGCGGCGCAUCGUGAUGCAAGUUGCCUUCAUCCGUCCGCUGCUGUUCUUCAUCUCCUUGGUGCUCUGGACAGACGGAAAAUACACCCACGGAAACAUCGCUAUCGAUGAGCCCUACAUCUACAUCACCACCUUCUCCGCGCUGUCUGGUCUCCUGGCCCUCUACGGUAUUAUCCUCUUCCUCACCGCCUCCCUGGAACCUCUCCGCUCCUUCCGCAUCCGGCCCAAGUUUUUCAUCGUGCAGAUGGUGUUGAUCCUCAUCAGCACCCAGAACCUCAUCCUGGCCAUUCUGGCCGAUGUGUAUGUCAUUCCGUGUGUGGCGCCCUUCAGCUCCGACUCCAGAGCCAACUACAUCGGUGAUAUGAUGAUCAUCGUCGAGAUGCUCUUCUUCUCGGUCCUCAGCCGCAUGUACUUCCGGGGUCGCUUCGGCAACAUCGAUCUCAUCGACGUGAACGCCCCCAUGGGCGGACGGCUGACGAGUUACGGGCCUUACGCCGUGGUGACGUCGGACCAGGAGAAGCCCAGCGGUCCCCACGACGGGAAGGAGGUUGAGGUCAACGGCAACGCUCAGUUCAAGGUUGAAAAUGAAAAAUCAGGGGACCAGACCACUAAACUCGAACAGGGCAAUGCGACUGAAGCUUGAGCUUAGAUUGGUGACAGUGCCUAGGCCGUUAUUAACAUUAUCACCUCUUCAAUAAUAGUUCGAUCGUGAGUGCACAUAGACAGUGCCUCGUACUUUGUUGUACUUCCUCCAAAAUAAUAAGCAACUUUUCUAACUGACUAAUCUUCGUGGGCACGUGUGGUCUAGCGCCAGAGCACAGGAUUCAUGAUCGUGAGGUUGUGGGUUCGAGACCCGUGGC